AUGAGCCUAGGCUCCGAUCUCACUGUUCUUGAAGAACUAACGUCGAAUGCAAAGCAAAUACAAGACGAUGUAUUGACAGAAAUACUCAAAGCUAACGCAAACACAGAGUACCUCUCACGUUUUCUCCAUGGUAGCUCUGAUAAAGAGCUUUUCAAGAAGAAUGUACGGGUCGUUAGCUAUGAAGAUAUGAAGCCUUAUAUCGAUCUUUAUAUAAAAUGGUUAUGUAGCUCUGGAACUUCAAGUGGAAAUCCAAAGAUAUUUCCUGCGAAUAACAUAUUCUUUGAGAAGGUUCUCUUCGUCUCUGCUCUACGCUCGCUCGUUAUGUCCAAGCAUUUUGAUGGUCUUAAGCAAGGAAAGAUGAUGAGGUUUGUUUUCAGUUCAUUGGAAUCCACAACUCCUUGUGGUUUGCCUUUCGCUACCUCGACACCGAGCUUUAUAAAGAGCGAAUAUUUUAGGAACCAGCCCAAAAAUUUAACAAGUCCUGACCAAGUCAUAUUGUGUCCAGAUGCCAAGCAGAGUGCUAUCUACGCAAGCGGCUUGCUUCAAGCAAUCCAUUUUCUUGAAAAUUACUGGAAAGAGUUGUCUAAUAAUAUCAGAUUUGGUCACGUUAGCGAGGGGAUCACCGACCGUGGUUGUAGAGACUCUGUCUCUAUCAUCCUUGGAGAACCAAAUCCUGAAUUGGCAGAUGUAAUCGAACGCUGA